GCCAACCGACAGCGCUCUUCAGGUUCGAUUUUUUGAUUAGCCAAAAACCGAUCGGUUCGGUUGAAACCGUCCGAUUAACUGCUAACCUGAAAACCGUCCGCCAGCCCUACUUCGUAUCUAUAACAUUAAUUUGCCCAUCCAUUUACAGCAGCUCAGUGCUGGAUUCAACUGAGCUCUCCAAUGUCGUCGUCGUCGUCUUCUUCUUUUCUCAUCCCCCUGAAUCCGCCGCUUUCAAUCAUCCAACGCCACAAGCCGCCUCCCUCGCUUCCUCUUCUUGCGCUCUACUCCAAGCCUUCGCUCCACAAAUCUCUUGUCUGCCAUGCUCACUCCUCCGCGAACUCUUCCGAUUCCGAUCGCGAGGAAAUUCUUUGGCACCGCGAAGAGCAGCGGUGGCUCCGCGAGGAGCAGCGGUGGCUCCGGGAAGAGCAGAGGUGGCUUCGCGAGCGGGAGUUGCUUUUGAGCGAAAUUCAGUCGCUGAAGCUCCAAAUCCAGGCCUUGGAGAAGACGAUUCCGGUUGUUGGAGCUGAUGCGGUACCGACGAAUGUUGGAGCGUUGCUGCAGGUUUUGAAGGACCGGAGCUUGAUUCUAGAGAGCGCGUCCAGUGCGACUCCGAUCAUACUGGAGGAGAACGUGGAAGAGGAGGCGGCGACGGCAGAGUCACAAGCUGCUGGUGUUGUGGAGGUGAAAACUGAGGAGACGAAGUCGAAGAAGAGGAUAGCAUUGAGAGCGGGAAGCGAAGGAGAGGAGGUUCGAGAGAUGCAGGAAGCAUUGCAAAAACUGGGGUUCUACUCAGGGGAGGAGGAUAUGGAGUUUUCCAGUUUCUCAUCUGGGACUGAGCGUGCUGUCAAGACUUGGCAAGCAACAUUAGGUGCUCCAGAAGAUGGAAUAAUGAGUGCCGAAUUGCUCGAAAGGCUGUAUGUGGAGACGAGGACCGCGGUUGAAACUCUAGAUAGCAGCGCAGACAAGAAGGCAUAUGAGAGGAGCUCUCUCAAUUUUCCACUGAAGGGCGAUGAGAAUGGGACUGCAGUUCCUCUCAUGACUGGAAUAUCAGAAACCAACCAGAAAGUGGUGAAGGAUGAAGGUGCCAAGGAAGUCGAGGCAUCUAAGCACCGAGUGUUUCUCCUUGGUGAGAAUAGGUGGGAGGAACCGUCGCUGCUUAUUGGCAGAAACAAAGAACGCACUGCAAGUAAGGUGACGAGGACCACAAAGUGCCUCACUUGUCGUGGUGAACGCCGUUUGAUGUGCACAGAAUGUGAUGGAACAGGGGAACCGAAUAUAGAACCACAGUUUCUGGAAUGGAUAGGCGAAGACACUAAGUGUGCAUAUUGCGAAGGCCUUGGGUUUAUAACUUGUGAUGUAUGUGAUGGUAAAACAGUUUCCUAGGUAGGUUGCUCUCCACCAGUAUCGAUUUUUAGACUUUUAGACGAAGUAGCUGAAAGAGAGCAUAUACAGAAGCCAACUCGUUUGCCUGUAAUAAAUAAUUCUUACAGUAUCUCAUGUAUCAACGUAUGCAAGGAACAAAAGCAUAUUUUGUGUACGUUCCAACAUCUGCAUAAUAUUCUUACAGAAAGCCAAAGUGCGAUAGAAACCAGUUAUAAUCUCGCUUAUUCCUAUAACAUCUAACAAAGGACCAUUCCCGUCACUGACCAAAUAGUUCCGGCUAACUCUCUACUAGUUCCAGCUACAGCAUCUAGUAAGAAGCAGAAUGGCCUACAGUACAUCUAGUGCUCUCUCACCUAAUUUAACACGUCUGCCCGAGCCUGAGGGUCUGGCAAAAGCAAGGGUAUCGUUUCUUUUCAUAGAAUGAAUUGAUAAAUUCCAU